AUGUAUCUCAAUUCAUAUCUAUCUAUCUAUCUAUCUAUCUAUCUAUCUAUCUAUCUAUCUAUCUAUCCUAUUCAAUUUAUAUCUAUAUAUGUAUCUCAAUUUAUAUCUAUCUAUCUUAGUCUGUUAAUCUAUCUAUCUAUCUAUCUAUCUAUCGAUCUAUCUAUCUAUCUAUCUAUCCUAUUCAAUUCAUAUCUAUAUAUGUAUCUCAAUUCAUAUCUAUCUAUCUAUCUAUCUAUCUAUCUAUCUAUCUAUCUAUCUAUCUAUCCUAUUCAAUUUAUAUCUAUAUAUGUAUCUCAAUUUAUAUCUAUCUAUCUUAGUCUGUUAAUCUAUCUAUCUAUCUAUCUAUCGAUCUAUCUAUCUAUCUAUCUAUCCUAUUCAAUUUCAUAUCUAUAUAUGUAUCUCAAUUCAUAUCUAUCUAUCUAUCUAUCUAUCUAUCUAUCUAUCUAUCCUAUUCAAUUUAUAUCUAUAUAUGUAUCUCAAUUUAUAUCUAUCUAUCUUAGUCUGUUAAUCUAUCUAUCUAUCUAUCGAUCUAUCUAUCUAUCUAUCUAUCCUAUUCAAUUCAUAUCUAUAUAUUCUGUUAAUCUAUCUAUCUAUCUAUCUAUCUAUCUAUCUAUCUAUCUAUCUAUCUAUCUAUCUAUCUAUCUAUCCUAUUCAAUUCAUAUCUAUAUAUCUAGCUAUCCUAUUCAAUUUAUAUCUAUAUAUGUAUCUCAAUUUAUAUCUAUCUAUCUUAGUCUGUUAAUCUAUCUAUCUAUCUAUCUAUCUAUCUAUCUAUCUAUCUAUCUAUCUAUCCUAUUCAAUUCAUAUCUAUAUAUUCUGUUAAUCUAUCUAUCUAUCUAUCCUGUAUCUAUCUAUCUAUCUAUCUAUCUAUCUAUCUAUCCUAUUCAAUUCAUAUCUAUAUAUGUAUCUCAAUUCAUAUCUAUCUAUCUAUCUAUCUAUCUAUCUAUCUAUCUAUCCUAUUCAAUUUAUAUCUAUAUAUAUAUCUCAAUUUAUAUCUAUCUAUCUUAUCUGUUAAUCUAUCUAUCUAUCUAUCUAUCUAUCUAUCUAUCUAUCUAUCCUAUUCAAUUCAUAUCUAUAUAUUCUGUUAAUCUAUCUAUCUAUCUAUCUAUCUAUCUAUCUAUCUAUCUAUCUAUCUAUCCUAUUCAAUUCAUAUCUAUAUAUGUAUCUCAAUUCAUAUCUAUCUAUCUAUCUAUCUAUCUAUCUAUCUAUCUAUCUAUCUAUCCUAUUCAAUUUAUAUCUAUAUAUGUAUCUCAAUUUAUAUCUAUCUAUCUUAGUCUUCUGUUAAUCUAUCUAUCUAUCUAUCUAUCUAUCUAUCUAUCUAUCUAUCUAUCUAUCUAUCCUCCUAUUCAAUUCAUAUCUAUAUAUGUAUCAAUUCAUAUCUAUCUAUCUAUCUAUCUAUCUAUCUAUCUAUCUAUCCAUCCUAUUCAAUUUAUAUCUAUAUAUGUAUCUCAAUUUAUAUCUAUCUAUCUUAGUCUGUUAAUCUAUCUAUCUAUCUAUCUAUCUAUCUAUCUAUCUAUCUAUCUAUCUAUCUAUCUAUCUAUCUAUCCUAUUCAAUUCAUAUCUAUAUAUUCUGUUAAUCUAUCUAUCUAUCGAUCUAUCUAUCUAUCUAUCUAUCUAUCUAUCUAUCUAUCUAUCUAUCUAUCUAUCCUAUUCAAUUCAUAUCUAUAUAUUCUGUUAAUCUAUCUAUCUAUCUAUCUAUCGAUCUAUCUAUCUAUUAAACUGCCUUACAAAGAUCGAUGUUCCCAAAACUCUGUCUCCAUUCGACUCCCGGAUCAACAGACAUCUAUAGCUUGCUUACAACGUACCAGUUUUACAAUGCCACAGCGCCAAAUCCUACCCCUCCCCUAUGACAGGUAUCACCGAGGAGAGUCCCAUCAGACUCGGUGGUGA